AUGGCUAUGGCAAAAAGGCAGUUUCGAUCUCCACGUAUCACCGAGCACCCAUCAGACGUCACCGUCCCAAAGAACGAGCCCAUCACCCUCAACUGCAAGGCCGAGGGCAAACCGGAGCCGACGAUCCAAUGGUUCAAAGACGGCGAACCCGUGAUGACCUCACCACCCGAUGUAAAGUCCCACCGUGUUCUCCUCCCCGCCGGCAGCCUCUUCUUCCUCAGGGUCGUCCACGGCAAGAAGGAACAGGACGAUGGGGUCUACUGGUGCGUCGCUACCAACCAGGCGGGCUCCGCCACUAGCAGGAACGCCACGCUACAAGUAGCAGGGGACAACAAGUGGAUUAGAGACCUUAUUGAUUUAAUUGCUGAGGGAGAUCUUGAGCCCAUGAGGAUGGAUACCCCUGAGGGUACGAAGGGGCCUAAGAAAGCGAAGGCUCAUCAAAGUGUUUGA